CUUCUGCUAGGGCUUGGCUUCUCACAGUCGUCAGACACCACUCGGAAGUCGGAGCGGCGCUUGCACGGAGGAGGAAAAUGCCGGCUGGUCACGGUCUAAGGGCGAGGACGAGGGACCUGUUCUCUCGGGGGUUUAGGAAGCGUGGUACCAUCCCGCUCUCUACCUACCUAAGGAUCUUCCACAUCGGCGACUAUGUCGACAUCAAGGUUAAUGGCGCCGUGCACAAGGGAAUGCCUCACAAGUUCUACCAUGGCCGUACUGGUCGCGUCUGGAACGUCACCAAGCGCGCAAUCGGUGUCGAAGUCAACAAGCAGGUUGGGAACAGGAUCAUCAGGAAGAGGAUUCAUGUCCGAAUUGAGCACGUUCAACUCUCCAGGUGUACUGAGGAGGUUAAGCUGAGGAUCAAAGAAAAUGACCGCCUCAAGGCUGAGGCAAAGGCCAAAGGUACGGUGAUCAGCACCAAGAGGCAGCCUCAAGGUCCUAAACCAGGGUUUAUGGUGGAAGGUGCAACCUUGGAGACUGUUACACCCAUCCCAUACGAUGUGGUCAACGAUCUCAAAGGUGGAUACUAAGUUUUAUGUUUCUGGCAAUGUGUUUUUUAUAGUAUUCAAUGAAUAGCUAAAUCAGAGACUGCUUUAUUGUCUUGUGACUUGUUAUUUUCUGAUUCUGAAAUUUUGUGCCUCCAAUAUAUGUAGUAGAACUUGUUUGCCUGGAUUUCUA